AUGGCAUCAAAGCAGUCAUCUCCUUCAACAGAGGAGCAGGCUUCGUCUGAAAUAGAUGAUCUCUAUCUGUCGCUGCAAGUGCAGCGAGAGUUUACACAGAAAAAAACCUUCACUAGCUGGAUAAAUUCAAUAUUGGCAAAGCAUACACCUCCUUAUGUUAUCUCAGACCUCUAUACAGACAUACAGCAAGGACAUUUGCUUUUGGAUCUGUUGGAAGUGCUUUCAGGUCAACAUCUGCCACGGGAAAAAGGAUUUAAUAUCUUCCAGUGCAGAAGUAACAUAGAAAAUGCUUUGACAUUUUUAAAGAGCAGAUCACUCAAGCUUAUAAAUAUUCAUGUUGCUGACAUUAUUGAAGGAAAACCUUCCAUUGUGCUUGGCCUAAUUUGGACAAUUAUAUUUCAUUUUCAUAUUGAAGAACUUGCCAGGACACUUGCUUGUACUUACAGUCAGCCUUCACUUGGUUGUUCAAGUGCUGUUGACUCCUCUCCAAAGGCAAGCCGAUCAGCUAAGAAAAGUGUUAAAAUUAAGGAACGAUGGAAGAUGUCAGCUACAAAGGCUCUUCUGUUAUGGGCAAAAGAACAGUGUUCACUGCAUGGCUCUAUCAAUGUGACUGAUUUCAAGUCAAGCUGGAGAAGCGGACUCCCUUUUUUAGCCAUUAUCCAAACCUUACGACCAGGUUUAGUUGAUUUGGAGAAGGCAAAAGCUAGAAGCAAUAAAGAAAACCUGAAAGAGGCUUUCAGAAUUGCAGAACUGGAGCUGAAUAUUCCACGUCUUCUUGAACCUGAAGAUGUUGACAUUAUGAAUCCAGAUGAAAAAUCCAUCAUGACUUACGUGGCUCAGUUUUUGCAAUACUCCAGGAAUUCGCCUGAGUCUGAAGAAGACAUGCAGGAAAUAGUAAGAGAGGCCAAGAGCUGGUUGGCUGCACAGGAGAAGAAGUUAGCGAAGUUGCUGAUUGAUACAGAGAAUGAAACAUAUUAUCAGAAGUACAAAGAAAUGAUGUCAUUUAUGGAAGCAUUUAACCAAGGAAAAAAACCCUUUCUGCCCAUGCUGUCAUCAAAAAGAAGUGAAGCUGAGCUGAGUGAAGGCCAGCAGCAGAUAAUAGAAGAAUGGGAUAAACUGAUCUCUCAGAUUAAUGAAUGGAAAGUGAAGCUAGACCAGAUGUUGCCCUCCCCUCUGGAUAGCAUUGAGGCUUGGCUUCAGGAAGUAGAACAUCUGGAGGCAGAAGAUUUGCCUGAUUUACAGGACCCAUUUAAAGCAAUGUUUGUCUUCAGAGAAAUCAUUGUAAUAUUUAAGGGCUUGAUGGAUUGUUUUGAUUCUCAUUUGGAUGCCCUUCAAUCAUUUAAGAAUGAAGAUGAGAAGAAUACCCCACUGGUCCUGCCUGAAAAGUUAGAGGAAAUGAAAAGAAGAUUCAGCAGUAUUCGUUCCACAAACUUCAACACUUUUCUUGAAUACCACUAUGGACUGUGCUCAGCUAUAGCCAACGAGGUGAUGUUAAAGCUAAAUAUCUGGGACAUGAAAUAUGGUACAAAAGAGUCUGUGGAAUCACUGCUGGAAAGCUGGAAUAAUUUCAUUGAAGAAAAGAGACUUGAAACACAACUAGAAACUGCUACUCACAUCUGUGAAGAUUUGAAAAACAAAAACAUAACUGGUCCUGACUUAGCUGGAAAUUGUCAAGAAAUUAGCAAACUGUUUAAGACAGUGGAGUCAAAGAUUUCUAUGUGCAGAGACUAUAUUUCCAAUGUAAAUACCACCCUACAGAAAGUCCUGUCUUCCUGGAGUAAUUAUACAGAAAAUAUCCAUCUGCUAAAGACGUGGCUGGAAGAAAAACGAAAUGAGCAUCCGAAUGAGAUCCCUGCUGAGAUCCUGGCAAAAUGGAAUUUGGUUCAUGGUUCCUUAAAUGAAGUUGGCAACUAUCUCACUGAAGUCAGCAAAGAUCAAGUUGGAUCAAAUAUUGCCAAAGAGCUGAAGAAAUUGAACAGGAGAUGGGCUAAGUUCAUCAGGAGAACACAAUUUCUUGGUGAAGAGAGCACAGAUGCUGCUGAAAACACCAGAGAACUUUCAGGGAGCUUUGAGAAAACUGAAGAGCUCCUCGGUGGGGUGGACAGCUGGACAGCAGAGACCGGGAGCCUGCUUGGUGAGAUCAGUCAUGAGGGGUCUCUGGAGCCUGAGACAGAGGAACAUUUGCAGAGCUUGGCUGCAAGGGGAGCUUCAUGCCGAGAACAAGUUGUGGCAGCAGAAGAGAGAUUGCAAUCCUUGACUCAAAAUGUUUCAAGUCAGCUGUCCCAACAGCAUUCUUAUGCUCAGCUGCAGACACGAAUUAAAGAAGCCAAAGACAAAAUAGAGGCUGUCAUGGGUAACAUAAACAACAUCUUGUCUAAAUCUGAAAAGAGACCCGCAGAGAAGGAGGCUUUGCUCAAUUUUGAAGAAUCCCAGAAAGAACUAGAGGCCUCCAUUUCAAAGGCUGUGCAACUUGUCAGUCAAAAGUUCAGUCCUGAAGAAUCUAUUUCAAGAUAUGAGGAAUUUUAUAAUUCCCUGAACAAUAAAGCUCUUGACAAAUUUUUGAAAACAGCUGAACAACUGAAAAAUAUUUCAUCAGACUGUGAAAAGCUGGCAGUGGAAGAAAAGAGUAAAGAUGUUCGUAAAAGAUGGGAGGCAGUUCAUCAUGAAAUUACAUCCUGCCUCCAGCUCAUAGUAGAAAGGGAAAAAAAGAAAUUUAAUGCAACUUUAAAAAAAAUCAAUAAGCAAUUAAGCAAAGAGAAGAAAUUCCUAAGUAUGGAUAAAACCAAAGGGCUCAUCAAGGAACAUGAGGCUUUUUUUUCACACGAAGGCAGCCUGAGGGAACUUAGCAAGUCAUUAGAAGACCUUAAAAUAUUGGGAAGACUAUUAGAAGGAACCGUCCCAGGGAUACGGUCACUGACUGCAGACUGUGAACAAAAGCUAGAAAAGAUUCAACAAAUUGUGGCAGAUACUCACACAGCUCUGCUGUCUCGAGCUGGAAAAGGACAGUCAUCUAAGAAAGGGAGCUCCAUUAUUGCUUCUGAAAAUGGAGAAAAGCCCGGUUCUUCUCAACAAAUAGAUAUUGUUUCAGUACAGGAGUCCUCAAGACCUGUUGCCGAUACACUUUGGGAACCAGAUGUGAAACAUCACAAUGGAGAAAGCUGUGCAAAGAAAUUUGAGGAAGACAGUGAUUUGUCCGUAUCAGCUUUGUUACAGAGCUAUAAUACACAGAUAAGGAGCAUGGAGGAACUUUUACGAAUCAGCAGAGAUAAAGUAGCAUCUGGCUUUACUGAUGAAAUAAAAGGCACUUCAUGCCUUCAGAAUAAGCUGAUGGAGCUACAGGUGAUAGAGACUGAAAUCAGUUCUGGUUGGACACAACUGGAAGACAUCUCAUCUACCUUAGAAAAUCUUGUGGUUGAAGCACAGCAGGCUUCUAUCUCUGAGACAAGAGGCAAACUGAAAGGAGAAUGGAAAGAGCUUCAAGAUAUUAUAAGUACCAGAACAAACUCAUUAAGGACUGCAUUGGAAAUUGUUUUGCCAAUAGAAAAUGAAUCCAUUCUUCUGUGUGAAUUAGAUCAGCGGCUGAAAAAAAAGGACAUCCAGCAGUUUAAUCUGAUGAAUAGUGAUCUUGCUUAUAGGGAACUAAAGGAACUGCAGAGAUCCAUAUUAAAUCAGAUUGAAGUGUGCAAACAAUUGGAACACCUUGAUAGUUCAGCAAGAGAUGAAUUUAAUCCAAUAGAUCUGCAAGCUGCAAGUAAAAUUAUGAUUUACUACCAAAAUCAGUUUGAAGAAAUGAGCCAUAAAAUGCAGAUCCGUGAGACAGUCCUUAAAGAUCUGGAAAUUUUCAUGGCCUCAUUGAGGAAGAUUCGGUCUUCCAUAAAAUGCCUCACAGAUCCCCCAGGUGAGCCUGAAAUACAUGGAAAAGCAUUGAGAGAGGCUGCACAAGAAGUUUCUCAUAUGGCAGAAGAGGCCAAAUGUUUGGAUGAACGCUUGAAAACAGUAGAUAUCUCUUUGGAAGAUUCUGAAUGUGGGAGAAAGACUUGCUGUGAAAACCUUGUUCUGACUUUAUCUGAAGAGCUAAAUGUGACUUAUGAUCCCUCAAGGGAGCAGAUGGUUACAGACAAAAAAGACUUAUACAAUACUUUUUCCACAAAAAACAGUGAACUCCUUAAAAGCAUUCAGGAUCUACGAGACAGAAUUAACAAAAUAGGCUUGAAGGAUCCAACAGUUCCAGCUAUUCAACAAAGGGUAAAAUCAUUAACAGAAUUGGAAAAAGAAUUGGAUUGUGCUGCUGUUGAAAUGAAACCUAUGCAAGAAAUUGCUAAUAAGCUCCUACAGAUCAAAGAAGAAAAAGCAGAGGAAGCAAAUGAACAGUGCAGAGUUACAGAGAGAUUAUGGGAGGAUACAAAAUUGUUGCUUGCUGAAUGCCAGGAGCAGUGUGCAAGGGCUCUGGAGCUCCUGAAGCAAUAUCAAAGCUGCAAAACUAGUCUGACCAGCAUCAUCCAGAAACAGGAGAUUGUGCUUUCCCAGCAAACUUCUUACAUGGGGAAAGAGAAUUUGAACAGACUAAUAACAAAGAUUGAAGAGGCAAAAGAGGAAUUUAAUGAUCAUGCUGAAGAUGUAGACAAAAUAAAUCAGAUCUGCAAAAAUCUUCAAUUCCAGCUCAAUAAAAUGAGAAGCUUUGAGGAGCCUCCGUUUGAGAAUGAGGCUAACGUUAUUGUGGACAGAUGGCUGGAUAUCAAUGAAAAGACUGAAAACUACUGUGAUAAUUUGGGAAGAGCUCAGGCUUUGUGGGACAAACUUCUUAGUUUAUCUGGCACAAUCGAUGCUUGGGCACAAGCAGAACUUCAGAACGCAGAAGGCCAUUGUCUGACUGAAGAGAACCUUACACAGUUGAAGGCAUGCUUACAAGCCCAAGAGGAGAAACUGCAGAAAUUUGACAACACAGUGGCUGAGAUAGAAGAACUUUUAAAUAGUAAUGAACCUCCACUGGAGCUACAGGUCAUCAGAUCAUCUGUUGUGCAAAAAAUGGAGCUAAUAAAAGAACUCUUGUCAAUGAAGAGGGGGACCAGUGAACUCAGCUUGAAUACAGCAGAACUAAAAGGAGACCUUGAUUUGGCCAAGACACAGAUUGGAAUGACUGAAUCGCUUUUAAAAGCUUUAUCUCCUUCCGACACCUUAGAGAUCUUUACUAAGUUAGAGGAGAUACACCAGAAAAUUCUGCAACAAGAACACUAUGUGACAUUACUUCAAGAAGAGACAGAUUGUCCUGAUGUGGAUGAAUUAAAUAAGCAGCUUAAAUGUGUCACUGAUUUAUUUAAUAAGAAGAAACAUGUGUUUCAAGAUCACUUCAUUGGUGUUCUGAACCGUCAGUGCAAGAAUUUUAAUGACUGGUUCAGCAGCACUCAGCUGUCUUUGAAGGACUGCUUUGACCCUUCAGAAACAAAAUUGAUACUGGAAGAAAGACUGCAGAGGCUGAAGCACUUCCUAACAUCUGAAGGUAAAGACAGAGAUAUCCAGGAGGUUAAAACUUUAUUGAAUAAAGUGAAGCAUUACUUGCCCAAAGCAAGCAUUAACCACCUUAACAGCCGUGUGAGAGAUCAAGAAGCAGAAUUACAAAGAUUGAUCUCCAAAUGUCAGAAACGGACAAAGGAACUUGGUGCUUCUCUCCAGCAGCUCAGUAGCCUUGAAGAAAGCAGUACAGUCUUGGAAGGAUGGCUCACUGCUCAGGAAGAAAAACUGAAAGAGAUCAAAAACGAUGAGACAAAACUUGAAAAGUUGUAUAGAACACUGUUAAUGCAGAGAAAACCAUUUGACUCCAUAGCUCAGCUUGCAAGUUCCUUGAGGGAGGCUGGGCUAACAGAAUAUCAGGCUGUUUCAGAAGCCAGUGAUCUUAUUAGUAGAUACCAGGCACUGAUAACACAUGUAAGUGAAAUGGCAGGGAAUACUGAGAGACUUCCUGUGGAAGGACAGAAUUUUGAAGAACUUGCCCAGGAUGUUUCUUGCUGGAUCAAAAAGCUCGAGGAGGCUAUUAAUAAGCUGAGUUCACAGGAAAGUGAGUUGCCAUCAGACAAAAGGAUUAAUCAAGUAAAGGAAAUCACAGCUCUCAAAGAUGCAGGAGAGGCCAAAAUACAGAACAUGGUAGCUCUAGGAGAAACUUUAAUGAGAAAUGAAAAAAAUAAGAAGCCAAUGGUUCAGCAGACUAUUUCUGAGCUCCAGCACAAGUGGGAAAGCAUCUGUCAGCUAGCCACUGAAUAUAGAAGUCCUCAGGAGCAGCUUCAGUUCAACAGGGAGCAGUACGAGCAAAGCAGAGAAGAUCUGAGACUAGCUUUAACUAAUCUGGAAAAACAGCAACAGGAGAUAGGUUUUGCCCUUCAACCUGGUUUACAAGAGAAGCAAGCUCAGCUGACAAACUAUUCAAGCCUCCUGCAGAAAGCAGAAGAUUUGACUUCCCUAUUUAAUGAAUUGAAAAGACAAGAAGAUUACCUACAGGGUCACACUGGGGAUCCUUGCUUCACAGAGUUGGACUGGUUGGAACUAAAGCAACAGCAUGAAAAUCUGCUUAGCCAGCUACAGACCAUAGUGCAGACAUUGGAAAGUCAUGUUCAAGAACACCAGCAGUUUCAGGAUAUGGUAUCAGGCCUGAGCACUGAGCUGAAAACUCUCUCUGAGAAGCUUGCUGAUUGUGGAGGUCCAGCAACAGAGCAACCAUCAUCGGAGCAAGCCCAGUUGAAAUCACAGGAACAACAAGGACCUCUUCGUCAAUGCGAAGACACGUUAAAGAAGAUUUUGGUUUUAGCAGAAACCAUUAAACAAAACACCUCUUCACCAGGACAGAAGUUUAUUAAGGAUGAGAUUGAAACACUUCAGAGUGAACACAGAAGUCUGAAAGAGAGACUUGAAAAUGUCAAGCAAAAGAAAGAAAAUAUUUCAAGUGGAGCCCUUGAGUUUAAAGAUGAGUUUGGUACUGAAAUACAGAUGAAAGAUAAGGCAGAUACAAUGUUGAAGAGAGACAUACAGAUCACAUCUGAUACUCCUAUUGCUGCAGAAGAGAGCCUGACUGCAUUGGAAUUAAAGGAGCCUUCGGAAAAGCAUGAUGUGAGUAUAUUUGUUGUCAGUAAUGAUAAAAGAGAAGCAAAAUGUUUUCCACUUUUGGAGGAAAACAGUGUAUUGUCAGACAGCCUUUUGCAGGGUGUCUGUCAAAGCAAGGAUGAAUUUGGGCAGACUGUUCAGCAGGGGGAUGCUGAUAAGGAAAGCCCAAGUAUGGAAAAGCCUGUUAGAGUUCAAGAUGAAGUUCUGGACUGUGCAGUUCAGGGUGGGGAAGCAGAACUGGAAAGACAUCAGGAUGGUGUUGUUAUUGAAGGUGAUGACACAAGAAAGGCAACCCAUCCAGUUACAAAAAAGGAGAAAUGUAGCAAUGUCAAGAAUCAAUCAUAUAAAGAAGACAUGGAGCAGGUUCAAGAAAAGUUGUGCCAGAAGAGUUGUGUCCCAAAAUCUUCAGCAGCUGAGAAAGAUAGUCUGGAACCUAAUCCCUCAGUUUUUUCACAUCAGUGGAUUUACUCUUCACUCUGUGUCCAGAAGGAGCUACUUCCUGGAGAGCAAGUAAACACUGAAUAUUUUGAAGAGGAACAAAAGGUCAAUGAGCUGAAAAAUGAAGUGGCUGAACUGGAUAUUGUGCUUAUAAAUGAACAAUUAAAAGAGCUGGAGAAUUUACAAGCUGAACUGGAAACAUGGAAGGCAAAAUCUUUGUGUCAUAGUCAAGAAGCUUUUCCCAGUGCAACAGGAUCAAACAGAGCAGGGCUGCAAACCACAGAUCCUACAGUGCCCUGCUGGGACAGGCUGAUUCAAGAACUUGAUGCCAUUAAGGAAGUGAAGCAACAACAGUACUGUUUAAUUAAUGAGUACCAGAAAAAUCUUUCUGCUGCACAGUCCUCAAUGAAAAAUCUGUCAACAGAAAAAGAUAACAUAAAGCUGGGCCCUAUGAACAACACAGUUCUUCUGGAGAAAAUUAAGGCAUGCAUAGAGUCCUUAAAAAAGGAAAGAGAUGUCUUAAACCAGUUGAAGACUCAGCAAGAAAGUUUAUCUCAGCAUUUAACAUGCAUGGAUAAAGUGCUAACUGAAAGCCAAAUGAGGCAACUGGAGCAAUGGUGGCAACACAUGGAACAAACAGUGCAAAAGAAACAUGAUCAAGUUGCAGCAGAAAUCGAUGAAUUUAACCUGCUUAUGGAUAAAGCACAGGAUAUUCAGAGACUGAUACAAGAACAGUAUGUACAAGCAGAGUUACAUUCCUCAGCUGCAGGAAAAGCCAAUUACCCUGUACUUUGGACUACAGAGCUACAGGACAUUAAACGCGGUCUUUCUCUAUUAAAAAGAAGGAUUGAACUGCAGAUGAAAAGAAUUUGGAGUCAUCAAGAGAAGGUAGCUUUGGAGAACUCUAUACAUGAUUUGCAGAGCAAAUUGGAAGCAUUAUCAGCACAACAGACUCUUCGAGAGGAUGUUCAGGUCACUGGUCCUGCUCUCAUGAAAAAUGAAAUUAUGAAGAAGCUGAAAGAAAAUAUUUCAUGGGUCAAAGAUUCACUGUCCUCUCUUGAUCAGAAAGCAGCACUUUUUCCCAGUGAUGUUGAAUCACAAAUCAGAAGUUGUCAGCUUCUAAUCACAGAAGUUCAAAACAGAGAACCUGUGAUUGUAUCUCUGAAUUACGGGCUCCAGCACAUCAUUCCCAGCUUAAAGCCAGAGGAGAGCUCUGAUAUGACCUUUCUUGUACAAACAUUGCAGAAUUCAUACAAGGCUCUUGUUUUAAAAUCAGCUCAAAGACUGCAGCAUCUAGAGCUCCAGCUGGAGGAGAGGCAAAAACUUACUGCAGAAGUAGAAAAAGUUCACUGUCAGCUUCGCAAUGCUGAGAUUCUUGCCAGGCCUGACAUGAACCAAAGCAACACAUGGUCAGAGUUAAUCAAUCAACAAGCUAUUUUUAAGGAGAUUUUAAAGGACAUACAGAAAAUAGAAGGGCUUAUCUCAUCCCACUGUGCAGAAAGCCAGGUCACAGUUGGGGAACUGAGCCUGUCUGAACAACUGUUUUUGAUUGAUCAGUUAAGAAGUCUGAAGAACAGAGCAAGGAAGACACAGAGGCAAAUUCAGAGUAAACUUCAAGAAGUAGAAAGAAAGAUAGUUGUCUACAAAGAGUUUGCUGAAGAAGUAAUUUUACUGCAGAGAGAUCUUGACGAUCUGCAUUCUGGUGAAAUUAACCUGGAAGAAGAUGAAUUGUUAGGUGCCCAGGUGGAAGUGAAGGAUAAAUGCAAAGCACUUCAAGAAAAAGUAAUAGUGUUUCAAUCCAAUUUGUCACAAAUAAUGAAGUACAAAGAAAUCUUUGAAUGUGUAGGCCUAAAAUGGGACACACUGCAGCUGGAUGAAUUGCAAACUAAUUUUUUAAAAAUUAAAAAUAAAAUUAAAGGGAAGAUAAUACAUUUUGAUAAUGUUGUUAGGGAAUAUGGCAAGAUUCAAGCAUUGCUAAAUGAAAUCCAGACUGUGAUAUCCACUGUAAGAAAAGAAGCUAACCUGCUAAAUGAUAGCUCUAGCUCUUCUCCUGACAAGGAUCUUAUAUCUGCCUUGAUUCUGUUUCAGACAGUUCAACAAAUAUUGUACUUAAUCCAGGAGGCAGCAAAUCAGCUAAACAAAAAUGAGGUCUUUGAUACACCAUUCAAAGAAUCUAAGAGGAAAGAAAUAAAGAACCUGGAGAAAGAUGUUGAGGAAUUGAAUCAGCUUCUUAAAAACUUGGUCUCUGGUCUCCAGGGUGUAAACAAGGAAGGUAAACAGAAUGAAUCAGAACAUCUAUCCCACAUCAUAAAGUAUAUUCAAUCAGAGCUUCAACAGCCACUUCUGGUAGAUAUAAAAACAAUGCAGUAUGAAAAGAUACGAUGGGAAGCAAUUCAGAAUAUGAUCCAAGCAAAGUUUUCUGCUAUUAAAUGGGUAAUGGAAAAAGAGAGGGAAAAACAAGAAGAAAAAUCUAUUGCUGCUGGUACAGAUGCAAAAUUAGAGACACUGCAAGAUCAUGAAAUACAGCUGAAGACAGACAUUGCUGCCCGUGUUAGUACUCUGGAGGAGGCAUGUAAGACUGGUGAGCUUUAUACCAUGGCUGUUCAGAGAGCUGCCAGGUUGCUUGAGGACUACAAAACUCAAGUCCAGUCCGCCGCACCAGAGCUCAGUAGCUCAGAGGAGGGCUAUCAGACCCCACGAUGGGAACCAGAAGUAUUCAACUCUGCAAAGGCUAACAUAGAAAACCUGUACUCCAAGCUGAAAAACCUAGUGAAACCAGAAGACAAAACAUAUCUGGAAAAUACUUUAACAGAAUUAAUGAAUAAGAGUUUGGCAUUAAGGAAGAAGGCUCACAGAAAGGAAGCUGAUGAACAGAGGUAUUUAGAAAAAUAUGAAAGCUACACAAAAACCAAAGAUAAGGUGUGUGAUAAUCUUAACAGAUUGGAAAAGAUGCUUAGACAGUCUUUGUCUCAAUCACCAAUGUCUUAUAAAGAAGCUUUGGACCACUUAGAAGAAAGCAAGGUUUUAGUCUCCAACAUUGAGUCUGCUGAAGAUGAUCUUGUGAAGCUGAGGCAGGUUUCUGGAGAGCUGAUGAGAUUAUGCAGAAGUGACAGGGCCCUGGGCAGGAUGGUGUCAGCACUGUGGGAAAAUUGGCUGGGUUUGCUUGAGGUGUCUAAACAGCUGGAAAUAAACAGUGAAGAACUAAAGCAGGAAUGGAAAUUCAUCAAUGAAGAGCUGGAAAGAGAAACAAUAAUUCUCGAUAAGCUACAGGAGGAACACCCAGAAGGUCUUAAAGAGAAAGAAAAGGCCACCAAAGAGGAACUGGUAGAAUUACUAGAUUUUGUGAACUCAUUUGAGGAAAACAUCAGUCAGCAACAGCUCCUUUUACUCCUACUUCUUCACCGAAUAAGAAACAUCCUGAAUACACCUGAAAAUACUGAGGCAGAAGCUACCCUUCCUGCUUUAUGUGAGAUAAAGGCAAUGCAAGAUCGCUGUAAAAAGUUGUAUGAAAAGAUCCAGAACCAUAAGGAUUCUGUACAAGCUGAGAUUCAACAGAGGAACAAGUUUGCUGAAGAAAUAAGUGCUGUGACACAUGUGUUACAGAAUGCUGCUGUGUUACUACAAGGUGCUUCCGGAAAGCCAGGACAGUUGGAGGAGAUUCAGAACGUGAUUGGUAAAGAAAGUCAAACUCUGAAGGACAUCAUGGAGAAACUCCGGAUCAAAUAUUCUGAAUUGCAUACAAUAAUUCCUGCAGAGAUCGAAACACAGUUGGAGGACUGCAAGAAAGUAUUGCAAGACCUAGAAGAUAAGGUGAACUUUGAAAUCUUGCAGAGCUCUCCUCAGAAUGUGCUGAAAAGAAAAGCAGAAACUAUUAACAAUGGCCUUCAAGCUAUUGAAAAGAUGUUGCAACAGAAGAGUGAAAACGUUGCAAAAGCCAAAGAAGUUCAGAAGCAAAUCUGGGAUAUGCUGGACCUUUGGCAUUACAAACUCAAUGAACUGGAUGCAGAAGUGCAUGAUAUAGUAGAGCAAAAUUCCUGCCAUGCACAGGAGUUGAUGGAUAUCUUAGUGUCCCCCCUUCAGCAGUACCAACAGGUCUCACAACUUGCAGAGCGCAGAACUGCCAUUUUAAACAAGGCUGCCAACAAGAUGGAAGAAUACAAUGAACUCCUGAAGAAUGUGAAAGUUUGGAUAGAAAACACCAACUGCUUGCUAAGAGCAGAUGCUCAAAAUGACUCUGCAAAAACCUUAUGCAAACAUACUGAUGACCUUCAGAUGGCUUUAGAAGACUCAGAGCAAAAGCAAAAUCUUCUACACAGUGUUUACUUGGAGCUGGAAGAGCUAACACCAAUCUUUGAAACAGACAGUGUAAUGCAACAGCUAAAUGAAAUAGAUGAGCAAGUAGCAACUUUACAGCAUGAGAUAGCAGAGAUUCUUCCACAGAUCCAGCAUGUGGCUGAUGAAUUGGAUGCCAUCGAAUCUCACAUUAAAGUGUUUGAGAAGGACAUUGUCAAAAUGAAGACGAGCCUAACAUCUGAAGAUCUGUUAGAAUUUUCUCCUAAAGACCAACUUAAACACGGACAGGUUAUACUGGACCAUGUUGGUCCCAUGAUGAAAAACAUUGUACAUAUACAGUCCUAUGAAGAUGCACUACUGCUACCAGGAGUGAAAAUGCAACCUUUCUCAGUCUUUCAGAGAGCAAGGCAGCUUUUGAGAGAAUUGAAGAAAUUAGAAAAAAUUACCAAAGAACAAAAUGAUCUUCUGGAGGAAGCUGUAAAGAAAACAGAAGAAUGUGAGCAAGAAAUUGAAAAGUUGAAACAAUUCCUAAAGAACCCCUUGGUAGAAAUAUUGCAAGAUCAACCACUGUCUCAGAAGACUCAUUGUCCAGAGGGAGACAUGGAAGCUGUAAAAGAAGAAAUCAUAAAGCUGUGCCAAAGAAAGGAAGAUGUCCUUACAGGAAUGAAGAAUACAAUGUCUGAGCUCCACCAGCGCUUACAGCAAGAAGUGCCUGAAUCAGAAGAUGAACCUACAGCCUCUGUAUUAGCACAAAGUGACUUGGUUGGGACUGAUGUUUCUGGUCAGCGGUUGAAAAAAAGAGGAAUGAUGUCUCUUCUACCUUCCUUGGAUGAAGAAAUAGAAGACUGUUCUUUACACAGCAAGGGAGGUACAGCCACAGAGAAAGAUGCAAAAUUCUGGCCUUUGGAAAGGGAUGGUGAAAAACACAAGGAAGACAGUACAACCUCCUGGUCUUCUGGUACCUUGUCGGAUGGCCUCGUUCAGGAUGUUGAUGACAUGAUGGAAUUGCACAGUAAACAUGGUGAGGAAACUUCUAUGCAAACUUUGCAGAGUACUGAAGACCCUGGUGCAGGUGAUGGCAGUCAUGCUAUGAGUGACAAGCCGCCUCCUGUCCCUGACAUCACCUGGGGCACUCGAGGGAAAGCUGUGGGUCCCAGCAGGUUGGAACCAGAAAAGAUCCUCCAGGUGUGCCAUGCCCAAGUUGCCGAGGUGGAGCAGUGGCUAGACAAAACUAAAGUGUCCCUGAAGUCAGACCCCCAGACCCCGAAAAUGCAGCAUGCAGUGGAAAUGCAGCUUGCCUAUUACCAGGUGGUGAUAGCAGACAUUGAACUAAAGAUCCUUAAUUUAAUGGAAGAUUCUGGGGCUAGUGCAGACUAUGAACAAGAGGUAGAAGCUCUUUCCCUGAAGCUGAAGGAAGUGAAGUGCAGUUUAGAAGAAUUCCAGAUGAUGCUUCAAGAAAAAUGCAGUGAAGAACAGGUAAAGCAUAUGAAUGCUAUACAGAGCAAGAGUGAGAGAGUCUGACACUCAAAUGGCUCUAGCAUGCCCCAGUUUGCCCUUGCUGAACAGCCGCUCAUUUGGCAUGUGUUGGAUCCAGAAAUAAAAGCAGCUGCACAGAAAAGCCUCUUUGACUUCAUUGAGUUGUGCGUGGAAAAAAUGCAGCCACAGGUUGAGGACAGCGUGAUUUCAAAAUUAGAAUCGAGCAAUGGAGAAUCUGAUCCAGAGAGCAAACUGGCUGAUUCUGCUUUAGCUCCAAAGGACCAAACUGGUAAUAAAUGGCAGUAUUUACAACAAGAGCUGUCAUCAAAGAUGAAAUCUCCUCUCUGCCAGCUUGUGGAACCUCAGAUUACAGCAAAGAUGAACAUGCUACCCCGAGGCAUAUUUGCUAGUGCAGGAACCCCCACCGUGGAAGAGCUGAAAACUUACACUGUCCAGCUGGGGGACCUAAGCCAAGAAGCAAACGUGGUUCAUACACAGGAUAAUGUUGCAGAGGAAGUCUCUUCUUAUUUGGACAGAAAAUUGUUUGAACUGCUUCUGGCAAUCAGCCAGUGUUUGAAUAACAUGGAGGAGAUGCUAAACACCUCAGUUCUCUCUGCUGAAGAGGCACCUGUGCAGCAGGCUCUUUACGAGACUAUUUCUGUGGAGCUGCAAAAACUUCAUGCUGAUCUGAGUGAUAAAAAGGAUGAUCUGAAGUCUGUUAUCCAUGCUGGUGGGAGCACAGAUGUGUUCUCUGAGUGCUUUAACAACUUGCAGGCACGGCUGGAACAAACUCAAGCUGCCACUGCUUUAAGGAGCAACUCAAUGAAAGCUGGGCUGGAUCAUAAUAGCAAUUACCAGAAUGAAACCAGGCUUCUUUAUGAUCAGUUAACUGAGAAAAAGGCUGCUUUGCAGCAACACUUGAAUGCAAUACAUGGACAUAAUAUUUCUGAACAGCUUCAGAAAACUGAUGCCUGUGCUUUGGAGCUGCAAGACCUUGAAAACCAGGUAGCAAAACUGAGAGGCCAUGGGGAAAGACUUCAGUUACCUAUCACCUUAAUCCAGGAAGUUCAUAAAUUAGAGGAUGUUUUGGAUGACAUGUGGGGGAUCCUGAAAAGAAAGUAUGAAGAGCUGAACUCUACUUCCAUCAGUAGAAGCCAGUACGAGGAGUUAUUGCAUGGAUUUGCAGAGCUGGUAACUAUUGGACAGGAGAAGAUUGCACAAGAUCCAAAGCAGCUAAUCAAAAGCAGAGCAGCUCUACAGUCUCACCUGGAAGAUCACAAGGACUUCUUCCAUAGCCUUGUGACCCACAUGGCUUUCAUACAAGCAUUUUCAAAGAAAGUGAGUCCUUCCAUCCUACAAAACAAAGAGGAAUUUUGGAGAGAGAUGGUGAAUGAAGUCACAUUGCUGGAGCAGAAGGCCUGCCAAUAUGGUAUACACUUAGAGAGCUUGUUAAAGGAAUGGAUGGAAUUUGAUGACGAAUACCUAGUUUUGAAUAAGGAGAUGGAGGCAAUUACCUCUACAUUGCCUUCCAUGAAUUUGAUUGAUGAAACGGAAGAAAGAUUGAUGGAAAGGAUUGCACUUCUGGAGCAAAUCAAAAACAAUGUUAAUGAAAAGCAUGCCAGGCUGCACCAGAUGGUGAAAGAAGGGAAGAAAUUGCUGACUGCUGUGAGCUGUCCAGAAAUAAGCUACCAGAUUGGGAAGCUGGAAGAGCAAUGGUUAUCUUUAACCAAAAAAGUUGGCCAUGAGCUACACCGACUGCAAACAUUACUCAAACUCUUGGUCAGCUACAACAGACACUCAGAGGAACUAAUGAAAUGGCUAGAUUCUGCUCAGCAGAGAAUGAUCUUUUUGAAGGAGGAGUCUCUCAAUGUGGCACAAUAUCCUGUCACCAUCAGGAAUAACAUCAAGAGCUUGUUUACAUUAUCUAAGGAGAUUGAUGAAAAAUCUUCCCUGAAGUCAUCUGUAGUGAGCACUGCCAACCAGCUCUUUCACAUUAAGCAAGGUGAUACUGCAGCAAUUAAGUCAUCUUUGGCAAAGAUUGAGCAAGAAUGGGGAGAACUGAUUACACAGCUCCCAGCCAUCCAAGAAAAGCUUCACCAGCUUCAGAUGGAAAAACGUUCAUCACUGGAAGCUGUUGUUGACCUAAUGAGCUGGCUGUACGAUGUGGAAUUUGAGCAGAAAUACAAGGAGCCAAUAAAUGCACAGUGGAGUGCUGCCCAAGUCAGAAGCCUCCUUCAAAAGUACAAGGAAUAUAUGAUGGAAAUGAAUGCUAAACAGUGGACAGUGGAUUUUGUUAACCAGUCACUCUUGCAAAUGAGCACUUGUGAUGUGGAAAGCAAGAGAUACGAAAGGACAGAAUUUGCAGAGUAUCUUGGAGAAAUGAACCUGCAGUGGCACAGGGUGCAGGCAUCUCUGAACAGAAAGAUACAAGACCUGGAAGAUGUUUUGGAGGAUAUUACUGAAAAUGAGAACAAAGCACAGAAUCUACACAAUUGGCUGGAAGCUCAGAGUGAGAGACUGAGGUCUUUACAAACUCCGGCAAGUCUGAUCUCUGCACAGAACACAUUAGAUGAUUGCAAGGAGCUAGAAGAUCAACUUGCAACUAAAUCCAGAACUCUUGAUGAGCUUAAACAGUGUUUGGGUUUGAAUAGUAGUGCAGAACAAACCCCAGAAGCUCAGCCUGUCGCAUUAGCUGAGCUGAGCGAAAUGCUGAACAACCUUACAAACCAGGUUGCACAGUUAAAGACCUCAAUGCAGUCAGUACUGGAGCAGUGGAGAAUAUAUGAAGAAGCUUAUGAAGAAGUCAGCCUGAUGACGACACGAUAUUUGUACUGCAUAGACCAGUGUAAACCUUCUGAGGUGUCAUUGGAAGCUUUGAAAAAUCAGGUCAAAACUCUUCAGUCUCUUCAAGAUGAAUCAGAGAACAAUGAAGAAUGUUUGGCCAAGCUCCAGGCUGCUGCCAGUAACCUGAAGAAGAAGUGCUCUCCCUCCUUUGCAGAGAUUAUUGAACGGAAGUGCACGGAGGCACACACUAGGUGGAACUCAGUAAAUGAAGACAUCACAGAUCAACUGCGGGCAGCACAAGCGACCCUGCAGCUUUUGGAGCCCUUUGAUUCUUCAUGCACAGAGGCAGCAGCCAAACUACAGCAGCACAGAGAGCAGUGCACUCAGCUCUUGGAUGCACACAUGCCUGAGGACAACAUGAUAGAAACCCUGACAAAGAGGAUACAGGAUUUAAGGAAUGUACAGCAGGACCUUCUAAACAUAACAGUGUGCCGUGACCAGAUUUCUUUGAUGGCUGGUAGGAUAAAACAGCAGGCUGGAGUAGCUGUACAAGUCUUUUUGUUGGAGAAGAUGGAACCACUCCAGAGACCAUUCUAUUUGGAAAAGACAGUACAGAAGAAGUUACAUGAAUAUGAGUUCAAUCUUCUACAACUGGAGGAUUUCAACAACCGCCUUGGAACACUGGAAAGUAAUGUCAAUAAUUGCAUAGAUGCCUUUGAUAGUCUCUGUCUAGCGGGAGAAACAGACAACUCGGAGUUGCUCAUGAAUCACACCCUGAAGCUUGCUGCACUUUCUCCAAGCAUAGAAAGUUUGAAUGAAGCAAGCAUUAGGUUGCCACUCAGUGACUUCACCCUGAAGAAAAUGCAGAGUCUGAUUCGGCAGUGGAGUCAGAAAACAGCAGCUGCUCUGGAAUAUUGCAGCAUGGAAACUCAAAAUGAUGAAAAGAAGUUCUUUCAGAAAUGUGAAAACUGGAUAAAAUUCCUAGAAAAAAUGAAAGAGACAUUAAAAACAAAUAUUCCAGUACAGUUUGAAGAACUGCAAGAGCAGCAAAGAGUGUAUGAGAUGCUGCAAACUGAGAUUUCCAUAACUCAGCAGACAUUUAAUUCUAUCAUAGCAAAAGUUUUACUCUCCUUGGAAUCUGGAGAAGGAGCACAAAGAACAGAGUUUAUUUCCAAGCUCACAUUGCUGAAAGAACAGUGGCAGAAUGUCAUCCGGAUGGUUCAGCAGAGGAAGGUGGAUAUUGAUGUACGCAUGAACCAGUGGCAGCUCUUCAAGAGUUCUCUGCAGAGUCUCAGCAGACUUCUUGAUGACACAAACAGCUUCCUUGUAGCUGUGAAGAGCCAGGACUGCUAUAGCCUUUACCAGCUUAGAAUUCUAAUUUAUGAUUGCAAGGCUAAGGCAGUGAUUCUUCAGAGGUGGCAAGCCAUGUACUCCUUAGCUCUUGAUGUUGGGGAGAAGUUGCGCACUGUCUCUGAUCCAGAGACCAGCACUCUUCUCCAGGAGGAGCUCAGCCAGUUACAGCAGAGUUGGGGGAACACCCAGACCCUGCUGCAGGAGAAGAUAAUGCAUCUCAGCAGCACCAUACAGAUAUGGGACUGCUGUGAAAAGCAAACGAAGGAAUUAGAAAGCAGGCUGCAAGAGCUAAAGGAGAAAGUAAAAGAUCCACUUCCAAUUGAACAUGAAGAGCUCUACAAAGCCAAGGAACACAUGAAGGAGCUGGAGCAGUCGCUGGCAGACUGGGCCCACAGUAUGAAGGAGGUGCAAGCCCGGACGGUGCAGCUGGCGGACUGCGUCCUUACCGAGGAUGCGUCGGUGCUCAAGGAGCACGUUGAACAUCUGCACAGGCAGUGGGGAGAGCUCUGCUUGCGGGUGUCUCUGCGUAAGCAGGAGAUCGAGGACAAGCUCAAUGCCUGGAUUGUGUUCAAUGAAAAGAACAAGGAGUUGUGCGCCUGGCUGGUACAAAUGGAAAGCAAAGUAUUGCAGACUGCAGAUGUUAGCAUUGAAGACAUGAUAGACAAAUUGCAGAAGGAUUACAUGGAAGAAAUAAAUCUGUUCAGUGAAAAUAAGCUUCAUUUGAAACAAAUGGGCGAUGAGCUGAUAAAGGCUAGCAACAAGAGCCGGGCUGCAGAAAUAAAUGAUAAACUCAACAAAAUCAAUGAUCGCUGGCAGCAUCUCUUUGAUGUCAUUGGAGCACGGGUGAAGAAACUGAAGGAGACAUUCGAAUUUAUGCAGCUGUUGGACAAAAACAUGAGUAACCUUCGCACCUGGUUGGCCCAGAUUGAGUCUGAGCUUUCCAAGCCUGUGAUUUAUGAUAUCUGUGAUGACCAAGAAAUCCAGAAGAGACUGGCAGAACAGCAGGAUCUGCAACGCGACAUAGAGCAACACACCGCAGGGGUGGAAUCUGUGUUUAAUAUUUGUGAAGUCCUACUACACGAUUCAGAUGCAUGUGCUAAUGAGACAGAGUGUGACUCCAUCCAGCAGACUACCAGGAGUUUGGACAGACGGUGGAGAAACAUAUGUGCCAUGUCUAUGGAAAGGCGAAUGAAAAUUGAGGAAACCUGGCGCCUAUGGCAGAGGUUUCUGGAAGACUAUUCUCGCUUUGAAGAUUGGCUAGUAUCAUCAGAAUGGAUAGCAGCUAGGCCUAAUUCCUCAGAGGUUUUGUACACACAUGCAAAGGAGGAACUGAAGAAAUUUGAGGCAUUCCAGAGGCAAGUUCAUGAACGACUCACUCAGUUGGAGCUGAUCAAUAAGCAGUACAGGCGCCUUGCCCGCGAGAACCGCACAGACUCAGCCAGCAAGUUGAAGCAGAUGGUACACGAGGGCAACCAGCGCUGGGAUUAUCUCCAGAAACGAGUCGCUGCUAUUCUGAGGAGACUCAAGCACUUCACCAAUCGGAGAGAUGAAUUUGAGGGGACAAGAGAAAGCAUCCUUGUUUGGCUCACAGAAAUGGACCUCCAGCUGACAAACGUGGAGCACUUCUCAGAAAGUAAUUUUGAUGACAAAAUGCGCCAGUUAAAUGGUUUCCAGCAGGAAAUAACACUAAACACCAAUAAGAUUGAUCAGCUAAUCGUUUUUGGGGAGCAGCUGAUUCAGAAGAGUGAGCCUUUGGAUGCUGCUGUGAUUGAGAACGAAUUGGAAGAACUUCAUCGAUACUGUCAGGAAGUGUUUGGGCGAGUUGCCCGCUUCCAUCAGAGACUGACUUCAAGGCAUCCUGUGUUGGACGAUGACAGAGACACCUCUGAAAAUGAGACAGAUCCAGAAGACUCCAGAGAAAUCCAGAAUGAUCCCUGGUGUAAGAAGGCCAUCAGCGAGGGGCCCAAUUCAACACAGUCCCUUUGCCACCUCAUGCCCCCUACUCAGGGUCAUGAAAGAUCAGGCUGUGAAACCCCUGUUAGUGUUGACUCCAUCCCACUCGAGUGGGAUCACACAGGUGAUGUGGGAGGUUCUUCCUCUCAUGAAGACGAAGAAGAAGCAACAUACUACAGUGCUCUGUCAGAUGUAGAAAUCACUGAAAAUCCUGAGGCAUAUCUUAAAAUGACCACAAAAACUUUGAAAGCAUCUUCUGGAAAAUCUGUUUCAGAAGCUCAUCCUUGGCAUUCUCCAGACAGACCAGUCCACAGGAAAUGCCAGUACAAACAGGCAGAAGUGGCUGGAAAUGUGUUGUCUGAUCCAGAGACAAGUACUCGCUAUAAGCCAGACUAUAUGAAUCAGCUCAGCUCUACAAGCAGCAGCAGCAUCAACAAUGAGAAAAUUUCGACUCCUGACAUGAACGAUGAAGAACCCCAUUUUGAGCAAGAGCUUGUGAAUAUAGCAGCCUCAGAGAAGCAGUCAGGCAUUAUUGAUAGGCAGGAGCUCAUCCAAGCUCAAGACUUCAGAAGUGACCUUGAAAUAAAACAGAAAUUGCAGCAGUGGCAGCAGCUGAACUCAGAUCUUAGCAACAUCUCUGCUUGGCUUGAUAAAACAGAGGAAGAACUCAAGAAGCUGCAAAGAGCGACAGCUCAAGUCAGCAUGCAAGUGCUGGAACAAAGGGUCAAGAAAUUGAAGCAACUACAGAAAGAGCUGCUGGAACAACAGCUUAAAGUAAACUUGCGUCAAGAACUCACUGCUUAUCUGCUGCUUAAAUCAAAUGUUGAUGACAUUGAAACUGAUGAGAAGGUCCAUGCAAUUGGAAGGAAACUGAAAGACCUUAUUGAACAGGUUUCCUGUGACUUAAAAACCAUACAAGGAGAUCUGGAUACCAGAGCAUUGCUGCUAGUUCCAGAUGACUUGGACUCAGGGGUCUAUAAUCAAGUCACAGAGAAAUCCAGUCCUGCUGUGAAACAGAUCACCAUACAGAGAGCUUCAGAAGACAGAAAAAGCAGCAGCAGAAGAGGUGAAAGCCAUCCACAACCUACUCAAGCAACUCCUCAGACUCCCUACUUCUUUUACCGUGUAUUACGAGCAGCAUUUCCGCUUCAGUUGUUCCUUCUACUGCUUUUGCUAGUGGUUUGUAUAAUUCCAUCUUCUGAGGAAGACUACAGCUGCACAAGGGCAAACAAUUUUGCCCGUUCUUUGCAUCUGAUGCUGCAGUAUCUUAAUGGGCCUCCACCAAUUUAAGAAGCAGCCCUAGCCUCUUCAGUUAUACCAAAAUGCACUCUUUUGGACUUCUAAACUAUAAGCAACACACUUUAUACUUUAAUGCAAUAAACAGAUUAUUUCAUAGGUUAAGUUGUCUUAAACUUGCAAGAUUAUUUUAUAGUUGUCUUAAAUUUGCAAGGUGAUAAAAUACUGAGUAGAUGCAGAAAGUACAUCACAGUAAUCUUAAAGAUAGCUCUCUGUCUCAGGUUAGCAUAGCAAACUUUGGGGUUUAGUAUCACAACUGUAGAAGAGGCACUUUGGCUAAAAUGGUUACUACACACACUUCUUGUUACCUGUAUCUUUUAGCACUGUAGUCACUUGUUGGAAACAAAAGAGAAAUAUUCAAAAAUCUAGUUUUGAAUCUUUGUUAUAGUAUUUUAUUCAUCUAAAACAUUUAAUAAAUGGAUGCACAUUUGUUUUGUAUUACAUAUUGUGUUCUAGGGACUAGGACUGCUGUGUUGUCUUUUUAUACUACCUUUGAAAUAAGAAACUGUUGCAUUGCAUGGAAGUGGUUUAUAAUGCACAUAUUUUCUAGAUGAAUAUGAUUAUGUAGACUAUCCCUGAUGUAUACAAAUCAUGUAAUGACUUUUUUAAUGAAAGAUUUUUUCAGUUUUUAACCUGCUGAAUAGUGUACAGUAUCUUGGGAGAGAAUUGUGCAUUUUUAUAAGCUUCAUCUUUAAAAUGAAACUGACACUUGGCAAUGGCUGGAGAAUCACUGUGUACAGUCAGCAUUGCCAUUGCUUCUUGAUUGUACAGUUUGAGUACUGUCAUUAAAAUUUAGCCAAUGUCUGGAA